AUGCCUACCACUCUCAGGUCGAACAUCAAGCCCUGGCUCGCUGUCGAGGCCCUCCCCAUCGUGAUGCUCGUCGGAGGAAUCGUGUCUUUCGCCUCAUUCUUCGCCUACCGCUCAGCAAUGGGCCCAAGCAUCCAAUGGACCAAGAACGAGCCCUGGAACUCUAUAAAGCCAGACGAGGGUGUCAAGAUGGUUCAGGUGAACCACAAAUUUGAGAAAAGGCGCGUCGAGGAGACGUGGCACGAAACUAGUCAACUGACGUUCCUCAGCUGGAAACGAGAUCAGCUGUGA